UUCUAAUGAGUUUUUACAUUUACCGUGCUCCUGAAGCAUAGAAGGUGUAAUCGUUUCCAAUCACAUUGUUUGAUGGGACUGGGUCGAUGCAUAAAGAAUAUCCUCGUGCUGUGAAUGCAUACAAGACAGUCUUCAAUGAAUUGGGGAAGAAAAAAUUAGAAUAUUAAUGGGCCAAGGAUCUGUACCCUCUGGAGCCCUUCAAAUAGGCAGGAUCAGGAAAUAUUACAAAUACCUUAACAAACAUGUUUCAAAUGCUGCUCAGUGAGAAGGCAAAAAUUCCGAAAAAUAUUACAUUAGUUUUCAUUAGUGACGGGAAGGAGGAAUUUGAUUUGGAUAAAUUGUUGGUGCUUAUAGAGAGGAUGAGACACAAAUACUUAAUCUAAUUUAUAAGUGUGGCAGUAGGAGAUUAAUUUCCAAAUUCAAUUAGUAAUACAUUAAGAAGCAUGAUUCACAAUCAUGAUCCAACUUGUCCUCCUUUAUUCUAAAUCACAAGAUCGAAUACUAAAAGUUUUUAGUAAAUUCAAUCGGAAUUUGAACACAUCUUUUGGGAAAUUCGAAAACGACUACUUGUGAGCGGAGAAAUGAUUUUAAUAAAUCUUCCUGUCUUCUACACUAUAACAUCCAAAAAACCAGUAAACAGUGUCAUUGCAAGUAGUCUCUUCUUGGUGGAGAAAGGUAAAACUGUUAUUAUGGAGAAUCAUCAAAUUUAACCAACGCAUAAUGCAUAAGAUAUUUAUUAGAUGAUAGUCAACUCUGUUCAAUAAGCAUUUAUUAGUUAAGCCUAGGUGAAAUUUCAAGAUGCACAACAUGAGUUUGGUUAGAUCUAGCUUAUAAGUCAAGAUUUGUUGAAGCAAAUAGAUAAAUCCCAAUAACAUGAUUUGACAGAAGAACAAAAGAAUGAAGAAAUCAAAGUGCACGCAACGCUUAAUGUUGCCAAACAAAUCGCAUAAGGAUAAUUAGAUCUUACAAAUGCAAAAGAAUCUGACUUGACUUCCUUGUAAGAUUAUUUGGUUAACAAUGUACAUAAGUUUACUGAGUUGGCCUCGAAACUUAAAUCUACUACUGCUAAAAUAGUUAAAGGCAUCAAAAGUGUUAAGGGAUUUGCACAAGUAGUCUCUAAUGCAUAGCAUUUAAAUGAUCUAAAGAAAUCUCAUGGGUAGGAUCAAUCUGAAGAUGGAGCAAAACAAGAAGGCAGCCAUUAAUUAACAGAAUAAGGUUAAGAAUCAGAAUAAGAUUAAAUGAGUUCAUCUUAAGAAAUCUAAUCAGCUUAAGAAAUUAAAUCCGCUUAAAAUAUAGGUUCAAAUUCAGAUGUUUUAAAUUAAAAUGAUUCAUCAAAAAAUGACUAUGAAGCAUCACCUUAAAUUAUAGAAUAAAUCGAAGAAAUUGAAGAUGUAGAUGAACUUAAAAAUUAGUAGGUUGAAGUUCCUUAAAAUCAAGAGGCUGAAGAUAUUCAAAUUUAAUAGGCAUCAAAUGAAGUAGCUAUAAUUGAACAAGUGCAAGAGUAGAAUGACCAACCAUAGUAAGAAAAUCAAUAGAAUCAUGAAAUAUAAGAAGAGUAAGUACCUAAAAUCAAUGAGCUUGAAGAAUAGCCAAAGGAGGAACAAUAAAAUGAUAAAAAAGAUGAAGCUUAACCAAAACAUAUUAGUUUAGGUCAAAUGACAAAUAUUUUAGCAGAUAUUACAAAGGAGGCUUAAGAAAACACAGAUUAAGUUGAAAAAACUCAAUAAGAAUAAGAAGAAUAAUAAUAAGGAAAGUAAAUAAAUUAAAAUGAUGAUCAAAUAGAUUAACUUUGCUCUACAAAUUAAUAGGGAGAAUAAGAGAUUGUUGAGAAUUUAGAAUAGGAAAAUUAAUUAGAAAAAGAUAAUUCCAAUAAGUAAGAAGAGAUUUAAGAAAUUUAGGAAGUUGAAAAUGUUCCUGUAUAAUAAGAAUCGUAGCUUGAAGAAAUACAAGAGGCAAGCUAGGCUGAUAAUAAUGAUUAACCUCAAGCCUAAUUAGAAUAAAAGCCUGAAUUGCAAGAUUCCGAUGAGCCAGAGGUAAUCUAGUAGGUUGAAAAUAAAGAAGAGGAUUUAAGUAAGCAACCUGAAUAACUUAAUCAAAUACACUCAUAUCCAGUAAUUGAAGAUGAAGAAGUUAUUUAAAAGAUGCCAAUAGAUAAUGAAGAAUUAGUUUUAUUUAAAUAACCUAAAUUAGAUGAAUUUCAUAGUUAAUCCUAAAACAUUAUUUUAGAUGAACCAGUUGAAAUUGAGAAAAUAGAAUCAACUGUAGAGAUUAAAAACUAAAUAGAAGAAAUUGAAGAUAACAAAUAAGAUUAAAAUCAAAAAGAAGAUGUCUAGCAAAUUGAUGAGUAACAAGAAUAAUUAGUAGAAUAAAAUCCUGUGGCUGAAUAGGAAAAGGAAAAAAGUGUUGAGGAUCUAUCAUAAAUUGAAUAAAAAGUAAAUUAAAAUAAUGAGAAUUUUAUGGAAGAGAGUAAGCCAUUAUAAGUGGAAGAGGAGGUGUAACCACAGAAAUAGGAUAAUGAAAACUAAAAAUAACAAGAAAUUAAGGAAGAAAUAAUGAAAUAAAUAGAAAAAAAUCCAGACGAAGCAGCUAACAAUAAUGAACAAGAUAAAUUCCCUUAAGGAGAAAGGGGAAUGGAGGAUGCUGAUCUAGAAUUAAGAGGGUAGGACAUUUAGAAUUAAGAAAAUGUUCCUGAAGUCUAAGCAUAGCCUGAAGAUUUAACUUAGCAAAAUAAGACUGGCAAGAAGAAUUAUCUAUGGUUUCUGCUUUUGGCUAUUGUAGUUGGAUACACAGUAAGAAGAUUUAGAAAAAAAUGAGUUGAUUUUAUU